AUGACUGAACAUCACUCUUCAGCCCAUCAAAACCUCCGCAAGGCCCGCGGUAACGAACACGUAAAGCACCGCGAACACCUCCCCGGUAUCAGCCACCCGGGGUCUACCGGGGUUAUUUACUGCACCGAGAGGGCUACUGCGUUGGGAUAUUCUGAUAAGGAUUCAGAGUGGGCGAAUUUUGGACAGGGUGCACCGGAGACGCCGACUUUGCCGGGUGGAUUCGAGAAACCGACUACGAUUACGGUGAGUAAUAGUUCGAGGGAAUAUGGACCGACAGCUGGUAUCAAGGAGCUACGAGAGGCUGUUGCGAACUUGUACAAUGAGCAGUACCGCCAAGGCAAGGAGAGCAAGUACAAUUGGGAAAACGUCUGUAUUGUACCUGGUGGUCGCGCCGGUUUGAUCCGUAUCGCCGCCAUGCUCGGCGAGACGCUCGUCUCGUACUUCAUCCCCGACUAUACUGCAUACUCCGACAUGCUGUCCCAGUUCAAGUCGUUCUCUCCGUUCCCCAUCCCUCUUUCGGAAGAGGAUAAGUAUCAUGUCAAUGAGGAUUUGAUCCGUGAUGAGUUGAAGAGAGGCGUGAGCGUGAUUUUGACCAGUAACCCACGCAAUCCUACAGGGCAGGUGUUGAGGGGAGAAGAGCUAAAGAGAGUGCAGGAGAUGUGCAGAGGGAAGUGCACGUUGCUUUUCGACGAGUUCUAUUCGGGGUAUAACUACACGUCUGACGCGGAUGGGAAGACCAUUUCAUCGGCGGAAUAUGUGGAGGAUGUUGAUGAGGAUUCUGUCGUCAUCAUCGAUGGACUAACCAAAUCUUUCCGCCUUCCUGGGUGGCGGAUUUGCUGGGUUAUUGGGCCGAAGGAGUUUAUCAAGGGUAUGGGCUCGACGGGGUCGUUCUUGGAUGGAGGUGCGAGUCACCCAUUGCAGGAAGCUGCUAUCCCGCUGUUGAAGGUGGAGAGUGUCCGGAAGGAGAUGAAGGUCUUGCAGGAGCACUUCAUCAAGAAACGCGACUACGUCCUCGACCGGCUCAGCAAGAUGAACCUUUCCGUCGCUUACCCACCCGAAGCAACCUUUUACAUCUGGCUCGAUCUUUCACACCUCACCUCCCCCGAACUGUCCAACGGCCUAUCCUUCUUCGAGGAGUGUUUGAAAGAGAAGGUCAUUGUCGUGCCAGGGAUUUUCUUUGAUCUGAAUCCGUCGAAGAGGAGGGAGUUGUUUGAUUCUCCUUGUCAUCAUUUUGUGAGGUUGAGUUUUGGGCCAGGGAUGGAGGUGCUGAGGAAGGGGUUGGAUGGGAUUGAGAGGGUUUUGAGGAAGUUCGGGGAGAUCUAA